AUGGUCGGUUUCAAAAGCUUCUUGUCUGGGAAGUCAUUCCGCCGCAGCCACGAUGGCGACCGCGCCAAAUCAGAGCCCAAAAACAGUACGAGCAACGACGCCGGUGUCAGCGCUGGCAUAAGCAGCAAUAGUAUUGCCCAAAAGUCAGACGACAGGCGCAAGGAAUCAACACGUCUUAUCGCUGGCUUCCAGAGGGUCUUCGGCAAUCAUCACCUCCCUUCCAGCACUCCACCCACGAGCCCGCUGACGCCACUUGGAAGCGCGCAUUUCGACACAUCGGAUCCCAACGAUAGUCAUACCGAAGUUGCACACGUCACACCACUUGCAAAGUUCUCGAUCAACACUGCGAGGCCCAUCACCGCAACCCCAGUGGAAAGUGGUCUCAGAUCCGACAACGGAAAGUAUAGCGAUGAUGAACCUGUACUUCGGGCGACCUCCGACUCCGCAACUGUCGACGAUACCAACAUCAGUUCUGAUGCUCGUACUGAUAGACUCAAGGCGGCCAUAGAGGGCAUGCGCGCAGCAGACCAGCUGCUGAAACAGCGCCAUGCUACCAUCAAACCGCAGGCGAAUACAAGUAAGCGCGUAAAGCCUUUGGAUACCAUCGGCAAGAAUGUGGGACCCAGAGACAGUCAUGGCAUAGCUCGUCUGCCGAGCAGUCUUUCUGCGCUCAAUCACCGCCAGACCCAUCUAAGAACCGCAAAUCAUGCUAUCGAAGCCGCAAGACGGCGCCAAGCUGUCAGAUAUCUUGCUUUCUACGCAGCAGACGGCUGCCCGACUAACAUUGACAUCAUCGAUCGUAUCAAUGCCCAUUUCCAUCUUGAGGCCCGCCACAUCAAUGGUGAGAUACCCGACGCUACCUUCGAUGUCAAUGGUGUACCUGUUCGCGCUAGCCAGAUGCCAAAAGGUUCUGUUGAGCGUAAUUGGAUCGUACGCUACAACGCUGUAGUCAACAAUGCCGAGCUUGUCGAACGCCGACUCAUGAACAGCGAAGACCACGAGAUGAUUGUCGCGCAGCUCUUCCCCGAGGAGCGCGGCCACAUACUGAAGCCAGAGCACUUCGAGAUCUUCAUGACUGGCCUUGGUGAAGAGGGCAUCCUUACAAAAGCGCAGGCGAAGUCCAUUGCCACUGUCGCCGUUAGCAAAGAAGAAUUCGACAAAGGCAUACACUACGUCGAAGCUGUCGGCGGCAAACACACUCACCGUCGCAACCCCACCGCAGCAGCCAUAUUCGACAUUCCCCAGCAAGCCAGUCGAAGUACCGCAUCCUUCUCAUCUCGUCCCGCCAACGGUCAGAACCAGCACGAGCUAUACUACUAUCUCCGCAUCCUAGUCGAAGCCGCAGUCUACAGCCAAAAGUUCUGGAAAGGCUACUUCUUCCCCAACGCCUGGAACAAGCUCAAAAACUUCCACGACGCCCACAAGCUUUCAGAGGAGGGUUGGCUCCUUCCCCCUCAUCUAACCGAGUACAAGCGCGACUGGACACACCGUGAGGUGCGGCUUCUGCAGCGCGGUCAACUCAUUUGCGAUCUGCUCAAACAGUACGAAGCGGGUGAAGUAACAGAUUUCGGUAUCAUCCGCGCUACUCGCGCGACUUUUGUCGGUAUACCAGCACAACCUUCAUGGUGUCCCGAGGACUUGGAAUCAUUUCUCUACCACCGCAUCGCCGAUUCCGGUCUCUCCAUCUCCAAAAUCCCCGAGAUCCUUGUUCUGCAUCCAGAACACGACAUGGUGUUUUCCAACUACCGUCUUCGUCAGCACGUCAUCACCGGGCUUCGAGAGCGUGCUGAGCAGUUUGAGAAAGAGGAGGCGGCGCGGCUGAAGGAGAUUGAUAAGAGUUAUAUGACGUUUGAAGAGGUGAAGAAAAAGGAGAUGACGAGAUGGGUGAGGAUGAAGGUGGGGUUGAAGAAGGCAUUUGGGAAGAAGGAGGUUGUUGUUCCUUUUGAUCCUUUUGCGCCGGAGCAUGGGUUGGGGGAGCUGAGAGAGGGGACGGUGUGA